AUGCUCGCGAGCGGCUCAGAUGGAGUCAAGGGGGAGUCGGAGGCGGAUGGGACCCCCGAAAAGAUGGAGCUGGCAAAGAUGGAGGUUGACCUCUUCACGGCCAGUCUUGCUGGCACAUCUGAGGCUGAGUUUUUGGCUGCUCUUUUUUCAGAAGCAGCAACAGCCACACCAGAGAACUUCAAGCAGAUCGCCUUUGAGUGCGGCAAGAAGCUGCUGUCCCAUUUUGGUGGGCCCCAGCAAUACCUUCAGCAGGCCCAUCCUGACACCAACAGCUUUGCUGCGACGCUGGGCCUUGAGUUCAGCACGACACGGCAAGAUGUCAACUUCGUGACAUCACUCCCUGCGGAUGACUCAACCAUGUUUUGCCUCAAGCUGUCGGACUUGUCUUUCAGUCCUGAGUCAAGCACUAAGCCCGCGCCGUACCUCACCACGGCCAUCAGCCUGCUAGAUGAGUACUUGUGCAACAGCUUCAUCUCUGAGAGCAACUUUAAU